GAUCUUGCAAAUCUCCUCCUCUUGCUUCUUCUCAUGUUUGCUUCCACCAUAAACGCCCAAUUCCCGGCGGCCAACUGUGGUUCGACCGGCAACUUCACUGCCAACAGCACCUAUCAAACCACCCUCACCACCCUCGUCUCCUCCAUCUCCACCACCAACUCCUCGUCCCUCUCCUACGGCUUCUUCAAUGCCUCUGCUGCCAUCUCCGGUGCCUCCCAAACCCUCUAUCUCUUUGGCCUCUGCCGCAGUGACUUAAACACCGAAACCUGCCGCGCCUGCCUCGAUGUCUUGGCCUCCGACAUGCGCCGCCUCUGCCCCCUACAAAAGGAGGCACUCCUCUACAGCGGGAACUGCAUCAUUCGGUACUCGGACGCCUCGUUCUUUGGUGAAGUCGUGCUACAACCCGACUACGUAGCAGGCACCGGCGACGAUGUCAAUGUCUCGAGCGCAGACACAUACGACGCAGCAAGGAGGAAGCUCCUGAACGGUCUGUCGGCUGAGGCGGCGCGUGGUGGCUCAUUGAGAAAGUACGCAUCAGGGAACGAAUCAGCGGGGCCUGACAUGGUCUAUGCGUUGGUGCAGUGCACACCAGACUUGACGGAGCAGCAAUGCAGCGAAUGCUUGGCUCUAGUCGCCCAGGAGAUCAGGUACUGCUGUCUCAGGUACUCAGGAGGACGGUACAUGGUGCCAAGUUGCCUGAUCCUGUACGGCAAUAAUCGGUUCUUCGAUCCAGUCAGUGGACCACUUCCGCCGCCUCCGCCACCACCAUCGCAGGAUGGAGAUGCAAUGCCUUCACCACCAGUUGGAAAGAGCAAUUCAACGAGGACUGUGAUUAUUGUGGUCAUCACAAGUAUUUCUGCACUACUUGUCAUCAGCAUUGUCAUCCUGCUCCUGAAUGUGAAAAGGAAGAAGAAGCAGCCCAGAGAAAGUGUUGAAGGUGAAGUUGUGGAUGAAAUUAGCACGGCUGAGUCGCUGCAAUUUGAUUUCAGCAUUAUCAGAGCGGCAACGGAUAACUUCUCUGAUUCCAGGAAGCUUGGACAAGGCGGUUUUGGUGUUGUCUACAUGGGUCAGCUCUCCAACGGACAAAAAAUUGCGGUGAAACGGCUAUCACAGAAUUCUAGCCAAGGGGAAGUUGAGUUCAAGAACGAGUUCAUGUUACUAGCCAAGCUACAACAUAGGAACUUGGUCAGGCUCCUAGGUUUCUGUCUGGAAGGAGUUGAACAGCUUCUCAUUUAUGAGUUUGUGCCCAAUUCGAGCCUUGAUCAGUUUAUAUUUGAUCCCCUGAAGCGUACGAAUCUCAACUGGGAUAUGCGGCACAAGAUAAUAAUGGGCAUUGCCCGAGGGAUGCUUUAUCUACAUGAAGACUCUCGACUUCGUAUCAUCCAUCGGGACCUCAAAGCCAGCAACGUUUUGUUAGACUCAGAAAUGAAUCCAAAGAUAUCCGAUUUUGGUAUGGCGAGGUUGUUCGAGUUGGAUCAAACUCGGGCCAAGACAAACCGAAUCGUGGGGACCUAUGGAUAUAUGGCGCCGGAGUAUGCAAUGCACGGAACAUUUUCGAUCAAGUCAGAUGUGUUCAGUUUUGGAGUGUUGGUUUUGGAGAUUGUGAGUGGUCAAAGGAACACUCUUUUCCGCAUGGGCGAUGACACGGAAGUCCUUAUAAGCUAUAUCUGGAAGAAUUGGAAGGAAGGAUCAUUAUCAAACAUUAUUGAUCCCUCUAUAACUUCUGGUUCAAGUAUUGAAAUUGCGAGGUGUAUCCACAUUGGUCUACUAUGUGUCCAAGAUAAUAUGAUUAGCCGGCCAACAAUGGCCUCAGUCCUUCUCAUGCUUAAUAGCGACUCAGUCACUCUCCAAGUGCCAUCGAGACCCGCAUUCUACAUACACAGUAGCGUCGAAUCUGAUAUGCCAUCCAUGCAAGAUUACAAUUUGAGGGUAUCUGAGGUCAAGGAAUCAAGAAGCAAUGCGAACCAGUUCUCGAAAAAUGAGGCUUCUAUGACUGAGCUGUACCCACGGUAGCCCUAGAAAAUGGGAGAUCAGUGUGCCCUGCACAUUACUUUUUGUGUUUGUCAUGGUUUUCAGAUCAUCAAAUUACAUUAUCAUGAUUUACUUCUUCCUUAGAUUAUUUAGGAUUUAUAUGGCUUCAUUGCUUGGGAUUACAUCUAGAUUCAUAGGAUGUUGGAAGUGAAUGUUACUCACAAAAAGUCAUGUCUGACACUACUUGUGUUAAGAUAAGCGCAGCAAGAACAGCUUCCUCUUACAGAAUUCGUGUUGGACUAAGUCAUUUUGGGCGGGAUUUUAGGUGAGCUGCAUGUCAGUAGUUUG